AAAAAAACCGACGCCACCGCCGACGCAGGCCGAGGAGGAACGAAACAUGAUGAUGUCGAUCCCCGUACAUGACACGUCGAUCCCCGACGAAGCAGAGAUGGAGAACUUGCCCUCCCCCUCAAGUGAAUCCAGCGCGAGUUUGAUCCCACUCGACGUUGCGACAGCAAGAAGUAUCUACGGCCAUGGCAAGAAGCUCGUCCCGACAUUGUCCGUGCCGCUGUGGAACAAGGACACAAAAUAUUUGGGCCUCUACGCACUGCAAACCCUCCUUACCGUCAUUGCUGUAGCCACCAUCGAGCAUCGAAGUAUGGUCAAGGUAGCGGCCAUUGCGAACCAGACGGCACCAUCCCCACACCAUGUCAACGACAUGGCAGAUCGCGGAGUGCCAUACAUCGGAUAUAUGGUUCUUGUGGGUGCGCUGUACAGUUUGGUUUGGAUCUGCGUGUUCUUCUACCUCCCCAAGGAUAUCUACAUCCGAUUCUCCACGAUUUCGUCCUUCGUGGGGCUUGCGCCACUCGCGCUCGUCCUCGUGUUCAGUGGGUCCUGGGGUGGCUUCUUCCUUGGCCUGGGCGUGGCACUCAUCGCGUUUUCCGACUUUGUGUGGACGCGAAAGAACAGGCUUGGGUUCGACUUUGUCGCGGUGGUGUUUGAAUUGGUCGCGAAGGUGCUCCUUGAUCUGCGCGGCGUCGUUGUCGCCGUCGUGGGCAUCCUACUGCUCGGAACAAUGUGGGCCUUCUGGUGCGGACAACUCUUAGCUGACGUCCGCGACGACGAAGGCUGGUCGUUCAACCUCCUCUGGCUGUUCUUUCACUUUUAUUGGACGUCGCACCUUGUCCACACGUUGAUUUCGCUGCUCGUGUCGGGCACUGUCAUGUACUGGUACCACCACUGGGACAACUCGCACGAUUCCCACCAUGUGCUCGCCGAUGCAGCGUCCGUCCCUGCGUCCCCACGCGCAGUGCUCGAGUCGAAGGUAUCGUCUGUGGAUCUGGACUCACGAACCGGCAGCGGCUCGAAGAGCAAAGUCGCGCCGGCACAUGUGGUCGUGCUGCACUACAUACGCAUGUCCAUCAGCCACGCUCUCGGUUCAGCUUGCCUUGCCGCCAUCUUCUGCCCCAUCGCGCAUCUACUGUGGAAUAUCCUCCGCAUGGCAAAGCGCGACGACUCGUACCGAUGGCUCCGCGUCGUCGUGCGACCGUUCGCUUCGUCUAUUGAAGCAUUUAUUCAACUAUACCACAAGUACUCGCUGGUGUUCGUCGCUGGAUUUGGACACUCGUUCGCGGGGUCUGCGGCGGACGCGUGGGCGCUCAUGCAAGACCGAGGCAUCGAAGCCAUUGUUGACGACGACUUGUCCAGCCGCCUCCUGCUGUUUGUCGCAAAUGGCUGUGCAGGAAUGAUGGGCACGCUGUGCAAUCUUGUGCUCGUGGGCUCGCACUUGCGCGUGUACGGCACGAUUGUGAGCUUUCUCGUGGGGUAUUUCGUGUGCCAAGCCGCGACCACCAUGAUGAACAUCACGGUCAAGACGCUCUUUGUGUGCUUUGCAGUCAACCCCGCGCGACUGAGCCGGCUGAAUCCCAUUAUUUACCAUCGAUUUAUGCGGUUGUCCGAGCUCAAGUCAUUUGGGGAACGGCGAUAAGUGAAAAAUACACUGAACAACGCGUCGUCCAAGUUGAAAAUGGCGUUGAGUGUGGACGAGAG